UUAUCAAAAUAUUUCUGGAAUCGUAGUAGAAAGAAAGACAAAAUAAGAUUAGGGUUUUUAAAAAAUAUUGAUGGAAAUAAUUAAGGAAAAAUAAAAAGUAAAGUUUCAAAUGUUAAAUUAUGCCAAUAGAAUUAUUUAAAAUGAGUAAAAAUUUAUUUAAAAGUGGUAGUGUCGAUAAAGCAGCAGAAUAUUUUUCAAAUGUCACGGAUCUUUAUGAUGAAAGGGAAAUUUUUGAUAUCAUUCGUAAUAUAAAUGAUCCAGAACGUCCGCAAACAUUAGAAGAAUUAAAUGUAGUUCAACAAGAGUUGAUCAGCCUUGAUAGCAAGCAAAAUUUAGUGAAAAUUCAGUUUACGCCGACUAUACCGCAUUGUAAUUUGGCUACUUUGAUUGGUCUUUCAAUUCGAGUCAAAUUAUUGAGAUCUCUGCCACCUAAUAUUAAAGUAGAAGUUGGCAUAACACCAGGGACUCAUGAUACCGAGGAUGCUGUUAACAAACAAUUAGCUGAUAAGGAGCGUGUUGCGGCUGCUUUAGAAAAUAAUCAUUUAAUCGACGUUAUUAAUCAGUGCAUUGAUAAUAAUCGAGAUUAGUAUAUAGGAAAUAAACAAAUGAUAUAAAGUUAUAGUUUUGUAUAUUAUAGAAA